AUGGCUUUCGUUGUGGGAGAUUUCAUGUGGUUGUUAACGGAGAAGCUUCCCCGUCUCAUCGCCGCCGCCGUCCCCUUCUCUCAUCGCCGCCGCCGUCCCGUCUCUCAUCGUCGCCGCCGUCCCGUCCCGUCUCUCAUCGCCGCCGCCGUCCGUCUCAUCGCCGCCGCCGUCCCCCGUCUCAUCGCCGCCGCCGUCCCCCGUCUCAUCGCCGCCGCCGCCGUCCCUCUCUCAAUGACUCGCGAGGCGACGUUCGUGCGGUGGUGUCGCGGGUCGCGCGAGCUGUGAGUUGCAAUAAAGGGUUUUUGGCGUGUUCGACACCUGCACGGAUACUGUUUAUGCAAGCAACAAUAUUGAGAUUUAAAACUUUCUUAUAGUAAUAUUGCAAUAUAACUUCAUGCUUUUUAAGGGCAAUUCCGGUAAUACGACCGCGAUUAACGGUAUAUCCAUGAAAUCUAAUAAGAUUUAGAUAGUGGCGUUGUUUAAGAAACUCUAAAACCUUUACUUCCUUAAGAAGUAUUUAGGGUAAGAGCUUUAUCUCUUUUUUAUUAUUAAGAUAUAGUAGUUUAGGAUAUUUAAUAAAAAGAUUCUGUUAAUCUAUAUC